AUGGACGACGUCGAGGACCAGACAGGCGAGACGAGACAGCAGAUCCGGAGGCCACAGCCUCAGGAGAGUCCUGGGAGUCCUCGACCAACUCCUCAGACAGCGACAAUAGUGUACGGCUUUGAAGCCCUUCUGGAGACACUUGUGGGUCUGUCUGAAGGAUGGUACAAUGGAUUAGCCUCGCGAGCGCAGAGGGAGGAGGUCAAUGGGGUCUAUAUUGCUUUUCCCACGCACCAUGCUAGUGUGGUCUCGCUAGACAAAUUAGCAAUGCAGCAGCCGCGGUUUGCGUCAAUGGAUUUGGAACUGACGCCGUGGGCUACGGCGGGGGGAUUUGGUGAGAGCCGCAGGGGAUGGCUGAUUUUCGAGGGUGACGCAGAGUGCGAAAGCUUGCAUGCUGGAGGCGCUGAAGAGCAUACGUUGUGCAACGGGAGAGGCCUACGGAAGGGCAACGAAAGCAUCUGA